AUGGCGCCGAUGAUUCUUCGUUCAUUUUUAUUGUUUUCAUUUGUAUGUUUUUAUAGCGGUCUCGAUGAUGUUGUAAAAGGUUUGGAAUGUCAAUCGAAUCCCAAUAAUCCAGCCAGAGUUUGGUAUACACUCAAUGUGAGACCUCCGGUGAGGCACGAGAGCAAUAGCAAUUUGACAAUCAAAAGGGAAAGUGGGAAAUUAGUUUAUACAAGUAUUCAAGCGGCGAUCGAUUCCAUUCCAGAUGGAAAUGAUAAAUGGAUUCAAAUUUUUGUUCAAAUUGGCAGCUAUUGGGAGAAAAUCAACCUUAAUAAAUCCUGCAUUCUGCUCGAAGGUAGGUAUGCGCAAAAGACUUUAAUCGAAUUUAACGCACACCAAAAUACAUUGGAGAGCGCAACUUUUACUUCCGUUGCUGAAAAUUUCGUCGCUAAACAUAUAACAUUUGUGGCAGUAGCAGCAAUGAUACACGGAGAUAAAUCUGCAUUUUACUCUUGCGGUUUCUUUGGAGUUCAAGAUACACUAUGGGAUAGCCAAGGUCGACAUUAUUUCAAAAACUGUUAUAUUGAUGGUGCGGUCGACUUCAUCAUGGGCAAUGGACAAUCUAUUUACGAUGAAUGCAUAAUAAGAGUGCUCGGAAAUUCUAUAUCAGCGUCUGGGGGAGUUGGUUACAUAACAGCACAGAGUAGAAGCAGCGACGAGGAUCCCAGUGGAUUUGUGUUUAAAGGUGGAGUUGUGGAAGGAAAUGGCAAAGCAUGGCUUGGGAGAGCUUGGGGGAGUCAUUCACGGGUCAUAUUCAAUGGUACAUACUUCAACGACAUUAUUGUCCCUGAAGGAUGGUCGCCUUGGGAAUUCGAAAAUGAUCCAGUAAAACAUUUUACAUACACAGAUCAGAAUUCUGAGGGACCAGGGAAUGACACAUCCCGUCGACAUUUUAAUACGUCGCUCACUGAUCAGCAAAUGCAACAGUUCACUGAUCUCUCGUACAUUGAUGCUGAGGGAUGGAUCUCGAACCAUCCCUAG